CAGCCCUACAAACACGUGAAUCAUGAUUCAUGAGGACAAGUUAAGGACAAGGUAAGAAGGAAAGAUGGAGAAUGCUUUAGACACGAUUGUAUAUAUAUAAUUGACAAGUUCUAGUACGCAUAUAGCCUCAAUUAUUGAAACACCCAAAAAAAAUUGAGAGAUGAUUGGAGAAAGCGUAAGUGUCGUACUUGUUGCUGUAUUGUGCCUUGUUACCGUGCAAUGGUUAUGGAAACUACUAAAUGGAAUUUGGUUGACACCCAACAAGCUAGAGAGAUGCCUCCGAAAUCAAGGGCUCGCGGGAAAAUCCUACCGAUUUUUGAUCGGAGACAUGAAGGAAAACUCUAUGUUACGUAGUGAAGCCAUGAAAAAACCUAUUCCUUUUAGUAAUGACUACUUCUAUCGUAUCCAACCCUUACUCCAUCAACUUGUCACAAAAGCUGGAUCAAAUUGUUUCACAUGGAUGGGGCCUGUACCAACGAUAUUUAUUACACAACCCGAGUUAAUAAGGGAUGCAUUCACUAGGAUGAACGAGUUUAGGAAGCCAAAAAUGAACCCACUAACUGAAUUACUUGCCCCUGGACUUGUAAGUUAUGAAGGUGAGAAAUGGGCCAACCACAGGAGGCUUGUCAAUCCUGCUUUUCAUGUCCAGAAGUUGAAGCUUAUGCUCCCAGCAUUUGAGACGAGCGUUACUGAAAUAAUGAACAAGUGGGAACAAAUAAUAUCUAAAACAGGUUCUUCAGAGGUAGAUGUCUGGCCACAUCUUACGACUUUAACCGCGGAUGCUAUUUCUCGAGCUGCAUUUUGUAGCAGUUAUGAAGAUGGAAGAAAGUUAUUUGAACUUCUCACGGAGCAAAAAGAACUUGUUAUACGCCUUUUCAAAUUUGUUUACAUCCCUGGAUGGAAAUAUUUACCAACAAAGGGAAAGAGAAGAAUGAAUAAUAUAAACAGGGAGAUACAAAGUAUAAUUAAGACAGAAAUUGAUAAAAGGAAGAAGGCAAUGGAGGCAGGAGAAGCUGUCAAGGAUGACUUAUUGGGGAUAAUGUUGGAUUCAAACUAUAAAGAGACACAACAAAGUAAAAUUGGUAGUAACAAGCAACAUUUUGCUAUGAGCUCUCGAGAGAUAAUUGACGAGUGUAAAUUGUUCUAUCUUGCCGGGCAAGAGACCACCUCAGUGUUGCUAACAUGGACGAUGAUUUUGUUGAGUAAACACCAAGAUUGGCAAAUACGAGCACGAGAAGAAGUUCUUGCAACCUUUGGAAACAACCAACCAGACUUUGAUGGGUUAAAUAAUCGUCUGAAGAUAGUGACAAUGAUACUAUAUGAGGUGCUAAGAUUGUAUCCUUCUAUCGUUGCAACCUCUCGAAGGAUAUAUGAUUGUGAAACAAAGCUAGGAGAUUUGAUUAUACCGCCUGGGGUGGUAGUUUCAUUGUCAAUACUCCAUGCUCAUUUGGAUCCCAAUGUUUGGGGUGAUGAUGCGAAAGAAUUUAAUCCGGAGAGAUUUUCUGAAGGGAUUGCAAAAGCAACUAAGGGGAUUAGCUCAUACUUUCCCUUUGGUUGGGGGCCAAGAAUUUGCAUUGGGCAAAACUUUGCACUAAUUGAGGCUAAGCUUGUGUUGUCUAUGAUAUUACAGCGUUUUGCUUUUGAGCUCUCACCAUCAUACACCCAUGCUCCUACCACUCUUCUUGCCCUACAGCCCCAACAUGGAGCUUACCUCAUCUUACAUCGACUUUAAGUUGCGUGCAAUAUGAAUGUAAUAAGACUGUUCUAAGCCAUGCAGCAUGUAUUUGAUUUUGAAUUUAACUUUGGGAUUUAAUCUUUACGAGACUUUAAAAUGUAAUUUUAAAAGACAUAAGUCUCAACUAUAUCUGUCUAUAUUAGACAUAUGUGCAAAUUUAUGCCUUGUCAGUGCAUGAUCCCA